AUGGCGGCCAAACGCGCAUCGGCAUCGAGCGUCGGCUCGACCGCCUCGUCAUCCUACUCGACCUCUUCGACAGGCUCCAAAGCAGCCGACACAACGGCUGCAACCUCGACCAUGUCGGCUUCGGCAUCGAGCAGCAAGAUCCCAGCCGAUCUUCGCGCGAUGCUCUUCGAAGAAGAGUACCAAGAAGAGGUGAUCGAACACAUGCUCCACAUGGAAACACAGACCAUCGCGGCUGUCGAGCUGAUGGAUGUGCAGCCGGAGCUCAAAUGGUUCAUGCGCCCAUAUCUCGUCGACUUCCUCAUCGAGAUCCACCAGACCUUCCGCCUGCGCCCCGAGACGCUCUUCCUCACCAUGAACAUCGUCGACCGCUACGUCUCGAAGCGCAUCGUGUACAAGCGCCACUACCAGCUGGUGGGCUGUGCUGCGCUUUUGAUUGCCGCCAAGUUCGAGGAUGCUAAGGACCGCGUGCCCACAGUCAAGGAGCUCAGUCAGAUGUGCUGCAACGCCUACGACGAGUCGGCAUUUGCGCAGAUGGAGGGCCACGUGCUCUCGACGAUCGGCUGGACUUUGGGACAUCCCACAGCUGAGUCUUGGCUCCGCAUCGAGAGCGUGCGUGGGGGCGAAGACCUCAAGACGGUCAACCUGGCUCGCUUCUUCCUCGAGGUCAGCUUGUUCCACCGUGACUUUAUCUCGCUCAAGUCUUCGGCGCUGACCAAGGGCGCUCUGAUCUUGGCUCGCUUCAUCUGCGGGCUUCCGCAAGCGACCAAGCUGUCGCCCACUGACGAGGCCGCCAAAGCCGCGCACAUGCUUGACGCCUACGUCUCGGAGAACCUGCAGGAUCUGUCGUUGAUCCUGAUCAAGAAGUACUCGUACGCCUACUUCUCAGGUGCCUCAACCAUCGUCUGCGACUGGUACCGUGCUCGCGUUGCGGCCGCCAAGUCGACGCCACCGUCGGGACUUCUGCCUGCGCAGAUGCUCACCCGCAACGCCGAGGUGGAGAGCCGGGAGGUGGAUGACGAUGAGUCGAUGUGCUCGCAGCCCACUACUCCUGCCUCUUCGGUCCAGUCGACACCCUCGCGCUCGAUGGACGAGGACGAGGACGAGGAUGAGGAGGAUGACAUGCCCGUCACGCCUCUUUCCCUCUACUCGUUGCACGACCCUCUGGUCGCCGCUGCUAACGCAGCCGGUCUUCCUGUGCCCAUGCCAUCGUCGCGUGCUUCGGUGCAGGAGAAGGAGAGGCGCAUGUCCACGGCCAGCGUCAGCACGGAAAAGUCGAUGCCGAGCAGCAAGAGCUCUUCGAACCACUUGACGGUGCAGCAGCCCGUGCUCGGCGCGAGAAAGCCGCUCGGAAACGUUGUCUGGAACGUCAACGUCCAACAAUUCUGA